AAGAGGCGUGACUGUGACGCCGUGCGAGACAUGAGUAAAUAACAGACACUGAAACUUGAAGGAUUCACAAGAAAACUUCCUUCGGAAGCGCUGACUGCUCCUGUCUCCUGAAUACAAGCACGUUGUUAUAAAGUUCAGGAAGGAUGUCCAACCUAUUUUGUCUGCUGACCACUGAAAAAGAUUCAGUUCCUCUGAAGAGCAUCGAUGUUCUGCUGGAGGUGAAGGACCAUGUGGCUACUCUGGUCUCCACUCUGAACUUUCAGAAUAAGGAGGACAAACCUCUGGAAACCGUGUUUGUCUUCCCUCUGCCUGGAGAUGCUGCUGUGUGUCAUUUCAGUGCUCAGAUUGGAGAAACACACAUUGUAGCUGAGGUGAUGGACAGACAGCAGGCUCGGCAGGUGUAUGAUGACGCUGUGAGCUCUGGUCAGAAGGUAUUCGAAUUGGAGGAGAGUGAUGAGAGUCCAGAUAUUUUCUCUCUGACCCUGGGCAAUCUGCCUCCAGGAGAGAGCGCCUCCAUCAGGCUGGAGUACGCCACUGAGCUGGCUGUGCAGGCUGAUGAUGGGCUGAGGUUCUGUCUGCCUGCUGUGCUCAACCCUCGAUACCAACCUCAGGGUAGUGAAGGUCCCAGUGUCCAGGUGACCGCAGUACCAGCCUCUCUGGUGCCCUACAGUCUGUCCUUUUCUGCCAGAGUGUCCUCUCCUCGUCCAGUCUCUAAAAUAGAGUCCAAUUGCUCUCUGGAGCCUCUUCAGUAUCUCAACGCUGAUCAAACUCAGGCCACGGUGAAGUUGGGUACAGGACACAAGUUUGACAGAGACAUUGAGCUACUGAUUUAUUACAAAGAUGCCCACCGGCCCUCUGCUGUGGUGGAGGCAAGACAGGCCUCUGCCAGACCUGGCACACUGAUGGGUGAUCCAGUGGUAAUGGUGAGCCUGUAUCCUGAAUUUCCUGAAUCUGUGAUGUCUAAUUUCACAUCCUGUGGAGAGUUUGUGUUCUUACUGGAUCGAUCAGGGAGCAUGGAUUUCCCGACAUAUUGUGGAAGUCGUCAGAGUCGCAUUGCCAGUGCCAAGGAUACACUGAUGCUCCUGUUGAAGAGUUUACCCAUGGGCUGCUAUUUCAAUAUUUAUGGUUUUGGAGAUCAUUACGAACAAGUCUUCCCCAAAAGCGCAAAGUACAAUCAGAAGAACCUUAAACGGGCUUUGAAAAAAGUUGAGGAGAUGGGCGCUAAUCUGGGAGGAUCGGAGAUCCUGGAGCCUCUGCGACAAAUUUACAGACAGCCCUGUAUUCCUAAACAUCCCAGACAACUCUUCGUCUUCACUGAUGGUGAGGUGAAUUACACAAAAGCUGUUCUGGAUGAGGUGAAGGAACACUCUGAAUUUCACAGGUGUUUCUCUUUUGGGAUUGGAGAAGGUGCCAGUUCUGAACUCAUCAAUGGGAUGGCCAGAGAGGGAGGAGGACAUGUGGUGAAUGAUGCAUUUUUAUCUUUUACAGGAAGAUGGAAACAUCUUGCUGAUAAAACCUAUGCAAGUGACGACAGAUCAAUCCAACCCCUUAUAUUUUACCAUGAAUUUACUGAACUGAGGUCAUCAGAAAUUAAACUUUGUUCAUUUUCAGUCAUUUUCUUGCUUUUACUCGUCAAUUUGGAAUAUUUGAUAUAAUUUUCUUAUUCUAAAUAUCUCAAAACAAGAUUUCCAUUAACAAUAUUCAAUUAGAGUAGAAGUGCUUAGUUUUUUAUAUACAUGACAGACGUGUUAAGACUAUUGGCUAUUUAAAACUAUUGGCACCCUUGAUAAUUUUUUUUAUCGGGGUAAAUUUAUUUAUUUACAUAAAAAAAUGAAAUAAAUGAAUUUGUCUGUUAUCUCAUAAAAUUAAUCCCAAAUUGAAAAUGUCACAGAAAUUCUCCCACUGUCACCAUUUUCUUUUUUUACCACACUCGCCAACUUCUUCACUUUGGACAGGUUUAGAUGUGUUUUGUUGCAGAUAUUUAGGAUGAUCAACACACAACCACCGUACUUAAAUGACAAGUUCUCCUAUGUUUCCACUUUGGAACAAAGUUAGCCUACUUGUUAUAAACCUGAGGAAAAGAUGAAGAAGUGAACUGUAUGAAAAAAUUAAUUGCUGUGCUACAGCUCCAUUUACUUGUGAAGGGUGUCAGCAGAAAGUGAAAGUAGGGUCACCUGGAUCAUGGAAGGGCACAAGCAGAAAGGUGCCAGGCUGCUCUGCACGGCUCUGGAUGAUGGAGUGAGCCCUGAGUCGGGCGGCGGUGAUCUCCUCAAACAUGCUGCCUGUGGUGUCCAUGACAAACACCAAAGCUGGAGCCUGCCUCACAAUGAAGAGCCUGUCAGUGGAAGUUUGUCAUUGAUUCAUACAGUAGUACUGAGAGAACUGCAUUAGGCGUUUGUAGCAUUUCAUAGGAUUAGUCUCAGCGUACUUGAGGAAGGCCUUAGGGCCCACAGUGUCUUUAAGAUCUCUCAGGGCAGUCUGGGUAGCUAUGGCAGCCAAACCUGCAGCUUCCACAUGGAGGUAAUGGUGAGGGGAGAACAUUAAUGAGGUGCUGUCUUUGUUUAUCCCCCUCUGGAGCUCAGAAGACUACUUUUGUCAAAAAUGCCUCCAUGGCUGCAUUUGCCUGUAAGAGAAAGGUUGGUUCUGCUGAGGUUCACAGGCUGACCAAGAAGAAUGAAUAAAUACCUCUCAAUGAAAAAAAAAAAAAAAAAAGAAUCCACUGAACUGCAGGUGUAUGAACUUUUACCUUUAGGCUUAAAGGGAAAAGAGCUGCUGGUGUACCCGGUGGUGAGCAGGUUUGAGUUUUUCAGAGUCGGUAGGAGAUUGUUUCUGCAGGUAGGAGUGAAGCAGUCCUUACAGGUCGGUGUAUCUUCUGCCAGCAUAACAAACAAACACAUUUUCAGAUGGAACUAAACUAGUUGAAACACAGAUGAUAAAUUUUUAUUCCUCAUUAUUCAAAAAUAACUAUUUAGUGCCUCUUUUUAAUGCAAUAUAUGCUGUGAAGGAACUCUUUAUUGACACACAAAGUAGAAUACUAUGGUCAUCAGAAGUACUAAGUACCAUUGUGAAAGUGUGUCAUGUUACUGGUCAUAACAAGCAACAAAAUUCAUUCAUUUCAAUUCCAGUUGCAAAUAUCACUGACAUCACACUGUAGUUACAAGAAGCUCCAUGUGUACUUUUCUAUCUUUCAUUAUAAAUUAUAUUUUAUUUUAUUAUAUAUGCAGAAUAGAUAAAAAAAAACAUACAUUGGUAUUUACAAAUAGCAUUAAUAGAAGACACAUUUAUCUUGAUGUCAGUGACAUUUUUAUCAUAUUGAAGAUCUGAACAGUUUACCUUUAGCUAAAGGAAAAGCAGGCUCAUCUGGCUGCAGGAGAUGCAGGUAAACUGAUUUUUUGCCCAUCUCCACCCAGUUACUAUGACGGUAGAAAUCCUGAUAUAAAGAAAUUGUUUCACCAUUAAGAAAAAAAAACUUUUAAUUUUCCAAAUAGCUAUUAACAAAAAUGAAAAGAAUAGAAACUGUGAGGAGGACAGUAUUAUGAUUAUCAGGUUCAGUUUGUACCUGUAAGGCAUGGGACAACUGGCCCAAGCUGUGACGGGCGCUCGCGUACUCUUUGGCUCGUACUGAGAGAAUAAUCUGAGUCCAGAACUCCCGAAGCUUCGCAAUAGAGUCGUCAAUUCUUUCUGAGUCAAAGUGGUAAACUGGGUUAGCUCCAGUGGCACUCUUCAGGUCCAUGUUUGCGUUGGAGUUCACCACUUCUCUCACGGCUCUCCAGAAUCCACGGCCAAGGUAAAUCUGUGAGUAAAAAAAGAUUUGUUGCCUUCUGGUGAUUUGUAAGCUGAUAUAUUGUUAUCACAAUCUCUUCUUAUUUAAAGAGAAAAUAAACAAAGUCAACAUAACCUCACAUUUUCCUCUCCUUGGAGGUUUUGCUGUUUUGUGGUGUCCCUCAGGACCUCCAGGGAAACUUUGAUGAUGGCCUGUUCUGUGAUGUACUGGUGUGUGUAUGAGUCAAAGGACAGAAUCAAAACUUUGGACCAGAAGUUGGGAAAGAACCCCAUGCAUGGUGACACCAGGAACAGAAGACACAGCAACAAGGACCAGAACAUCGGUCUCUGACGUCUGCCGCAGGUUCCUCUAUCUUGUGACAUAAUGAGUCAGUAGGCAAGAAUGUUUAGAGGCAAGAUUUAAAAUUCAGACAGACACUUAGCAAAUUAUCCAUUCUCCAAAAAUGUGACUGGAUCUGCAGUUUGGAAGAAGAACACCAACAACAGGGUUUGCAUCAACAUGUUGAUUAUCACCAAAUCAUAUUGUUCAAUAAGAUGUUUCCUUUUUAUGUGUUUAUCUUCCUCGUCCCACUUCCACUCAUUCCUGUUCUUGUUCUCAGCCUUUUGUUCUUAUUGUUCUCAGUUUGUUUGUAACAAACACCAUGAGCUGGGAUGUUCUCACACAGUCUCAUGCUUUGUUUCAGAUGGUAGAGGAAAAAUAACAAAGGAAUGACAACCAAGAUAUGAACUUUGAAAAAACUUUGUUGCCCUUGAAUAAGAGUUUGAAUGAUGCUGCUGGUUCUUCACUUUGUUUCAUACUGUUUCUUACCACGAGGCAGAAGAUCUCAUUUUGCAGCCUCCCCAUUGUAGCCUCCUGCUCCUUCUAGCCCCCAUUAAUCCAUGGUGCAUUGAUUCAAUACAAUAGGGUUGCAUAUAUUACCAACCGGGGUGUUCAGGCUAGGCAUACCCCAACCCCCCUCCAUACCCUCCAACCAUCACUCUCAGUUUUUCUCACAAGAUGAAAAAGAAAACACUGCUUGUCAAAAACCUUAACUCCCAGACAUGAAGCCUGGGCGCAAAUUCAAACUGGAAGACUCUUUAGCCCCACCUGGCUCGUCCUAUCGGAGCAUCCCGCCCAUCACCGCUGUCCUAUCAACGCUGGACCAAGCCACGUCACGUCCAAUCGCCUUCCAAGGCCCAGCUGAAAAGGACCUCCAUCCAUGGCGUCUUCCGCAUCCCAACCGCGCUCAACCCUCCUCCACCCCUUCUCCACCUUCCCUCGCCCAGAUCCUCAAGCUCGCAUCCUUCUCCGACCUCCACCACCAGGGUCGGGUCCCGGGGGGAUGACAUUCCUAUCCUACAUCGGGAAUGCUCAUCCGAGCUUAUUGCAAUUCACAGCUUGAUGACCACAGCCGGGGCCCGAGCGCCAAAGAACUUUAAAUUCAUGUCUGUCAAUAAACCUUGUUAAUCGCUGUUCAUUUUCUCUGUCUGAGUCUCUCCAGAUUGAAAUGUUUCUCCUCUCCAUGUUCCCAAAGCUGAUGUCUAGGUUGUUUAAGACAAAACAGAAAAUGAUAAUCCUUUUUGUCUUUCUUGUCAGUUAAUAUCACUUUUCAAGAGGAUUGGUUGAUUUAAAAAAGAGAAGAAGGACCUCACAAAUACUUUUGAAUUAAGUGCCAAAAAAAAAGAUUUUAGGAGUUGUGAGUGAGGGAGGUGAAGUCUGCUAAACCCCAGACUUUACUGGAAAUCGGAUUUCAGUAAUGGUUUCCUGUUUUGAAAUGUGUCUAGUUUUCCUGUUGAGCUACUUUUGGGUCUGUCUUUGCAGUCAACCCAGUUCAACAACAAUAUGGUUUCUGUAAACCAGAAACUCCAUAUUUCAAAUGUAACAAUUAAUGCUAUUCGUUCUCUCAAAAAAGCCAAGAACCUCAGAAGGUGUAAGAAUACUGCAUUAUAAAGCACUCCGUGUAUUGUUUUCCAUAAGGAGAUUGUCCUAUGUCCCCAUUUAUACUUUUUUUUUUUUGUUCAUUUUUGUUUGAGCUCUGUGGUGCUGUAUUUCCCCCUCUGUGCUACAAGGACGUGGUCUGUCAACAAAAUACAGUAAAGCUAAAAAUUUGAAUGUUGUCAUUAGAUAAUCUUUGACAGCUACAACAUAUAAUUCUCAAUAAAACUACUGCUGAAUCUAG